AUGGCAGAAUCAACUCUAUUUUCCAUUGCAACUAAAGUUCUGACGACGAUAGGCUCUCUUGUGAAUCAGCAAGCAUCCUUGUUGUGGAAACUUGAAAGUGAUUUAAAAAGCCUUGAGGGAACCCUGAGCUCUAUCAAAGCCGUGAUCUCGGAUGCUGAGAAAAAGCAGGCACAAAAUGAUCAGCUGCGUGACUGGCUUAGGAAGCUUAAAGAUGUUCUCCUUGAUGCUGAGGACGUUUUAGAAGAAUUUGAGUUUCAAGCUCCCAGGGGAGAAGUGGUGAGACAAAAUAGGAGCACAAUAAGAAAGGUACGUCAAUUCUUUUCAAGCUUUUAUCCUUUUGCUCUUCGAUAUCAAAUUAGUCAUGAAAUCAAGGAGAUUAGAGAAAGGCUAGAUCAGAUCGAAAGUGAUAGGAUAAAAUUUUCUCUUACUGAGAGUACUCCUACUGAAGUUAGGCAUGAAAUUCCAAAGGAGAGAGAGACUGAUCCCUUCUUGGGAGCUUCUUGUGUUAUUGGAAGAGAGAAUGAUAAAGAAAAGAUCAUGAGCUUUUUAAUGCAACAAGCCAACAAUGUCUCUGUCAUUCCAAUAGUUGGAAUUGGGGGUUUGGGUAAAACCAUUCUUACUAAAAUGGUUUACAAUGAUGAAAUGGUAGAUAGGUUCUUUCCAUUAAAGAUGUGGGUUUGCGUGUCAGAUGACUUUGAUGACACCAGAUUGAUGAAAGAAAUUAUUAAAUCUGCAACGCGUGGGGAUUGUAAUCAGUUAAAAGCAGAUGAAAUUCUUGAGCGUUUGCAGGAAAUUUUGACAAGUAAAAAGUUUUUGCUUGUCUUGGAUGAUGUUUGGAAUGAGAAGCCUCAGAAAUGGUUGAAAUUGAAAGACAUACUGAUGAGUGGUGUCAAUGGAAGCAAAAUUAUUGUGAGCACACGAAGUAAAAGAGUUGCAGAAAUAAUGAGCACUGUUCCCUCACAUUUUCUGCAAGGUCUUUCCAAUGAGGAAUCCUUGUCAUUAUUUAAGAAGUGUGCGUUCAAAGAUGGAGAAGGGAAAGAUUUUCCAAAGCUCAUUGAAAUUGGAAAGGAAAUUGUGAGAAAAUGUAAAGGAGUUCCGUUGGCUGUGAGAUCUUUAGGGAGCUUACUUUAUGCAAACGAGGAUGCACGUGAGUGGUUGAAAAUAAAAAACAAUGACAUCUGGCAACUAGAUCAAGAUAGUGAAGACAUCUUACCAGUAUUGAAAUUGAGCUAUGAUCAUUUGCCAUCUCAUUUGAAGCAAUGUUUUACUUAUCUUUGCUUGUUUCCGAAGGAUUAUCGUUAUCAAAAUUUUUAUGUGGCUCCAUAUUGGAUGGCGCUUGGACUUCUUGAAACCUCUAACGAAAAUGAAGAGCUAGAAGAUGUUGCUGAUCAAUAUAUGAAAGUCUUAUGGUCAAGAGGUUUCUUAGAGGGUUUGGAUGAUGAUUAUUGUUGGUCAUUUAAAGUGCAUGAUCUUAUGCAUGAUCUUGCAAUAUCAAUGAUACAAGGUGAGUCGGCAUUCAUAAAUUUUGGAAGCAUAAAAGUUGAUGGGAAAUUUCGGCAUUUUUCACAUGGUGACACAGAGUUAUGUGGUGAAGAAUUUCUAAAGCUCAUGGUUGAUAACUCAAGGAGUGUUCGAAGCAUUGUCUUUCCAGCAGCAGAGAGAUACGGAGGUGCGCGUAUUAUUGGAUCAUUUAUUAGUAAAGAUAUAUCCAAAUUCAAUUACCUCCGACUACUACUCUUGUAUGGUAUACUUUUUGAAGUGUUGCCAAAUUCUAUCGGUACAUUGAGACAUUUAAGGUACCUUGACCUAGCUCAGAAUUCUUCAUUGAAGAAGAUCCCUAGAUCUAUUUGCGAGCUUCAAAACUUGCUAAUGUUAAGACUUCGUGGCUGUUAUCAGCUUAAGAAGUUGCCUAAUAACAUACGAAAGAUGAUCUCCCUUAGAUUCUUGGAAAUAACCACACAAGAGGAAGUUCUUCCAGAAAAUGGAAUUGGAUGUUUGAGUUUCCUUCAAUAUUUGUACUUAUUUGGAUGCUCCAAUCUAGUACGUUUGUGUGAAGGGAUGCAAGGUCUAAAAAGCCUCCGAACGUUGCAUAUACAAGGCACUUCUGUGAUCUCAUUACCAUAUGCUCUCAAAUACCUGACAAAAUUAGAGAUGUUAGUGAUUUCGUAUUGCUGCAACCUUAAUUUGAAGAUGGAAUUGCAAGCAAACGAUCUUGAGCUGAGGUUGAGUCUUAAAAAAUUCAUAGUUUAUCGUUUACAUUCACUGGUGGAUUUGCCCCAGCUUCUUCUUCAAGCAUCUGCUAACACUCUGGAGUACAUGCGGAUUGAUGAGUGUGACAACUUAGAAGCACUACCGGAGUGGUUCCAAAAUCUCAAAUCACUUGAAAAACUUCAGAUUUUAAGUUGCUCGAGAAUAUCAUCUCUUCCAGAAGGGAUAAAACGCCUUACUUCCCUCAAGGAAUUGCACAUUGCACGCUGUCCUUCUCUGACUGAAAGCUGCAGAAAUGAUAUGUCGAAGAUUGCUCAUGUUCAAGAUGUUCGUCUUAUUUAA